AUGAAGCCUGUCACAUCAUCAGUCAAUGCCACCAAUAGUUACAGCAUGAAGCCUGUCACAUCAUCAGUCAAUGCCACCAAUAGUUACAGCCUGAAGCCUGUCACAUCAUCAGUCAAUGCCACCAACAGUUACAGCAUGAAGCCUGUCACAUCAUCAGUCAAUGCCACCAAUAGUUACAGCAUGAAGCCUGUCACAUCAUCAGUCAGUGCCACCUAUAGUUACAGCAUGAAGCCUGUCACAUCAUCAGUCAAUGCCACCAAUAGUUACAGCAUGAAGCCUGUCACAUCAUCAGUCAAUGCCACCAAUAGUUACAGCAUGAAGCCUGUCACAUCAUCAGUCAAUGCCACCAACAGUUACAGCAUGAAGCCUGUCACAUCAUCAGUCAAUGCCACCAAUAGUUACAGCAUGAAGCCUGUCACAUCAUCAGUCAAUGCCACCAAUAGUUACAGCAUGAAGCCUGUCACAUCAUCAGUCAGUGCCUCCUAUAGUUACAGCAUGAAGCCUGUCACAUCAUCAGUCAAUGCCAUCAAUAGUUACAGCAUGAAGACUGUCACAUCAUCAGUCAGUGCCAUCAAUAGUUACAGCAUGAAGCCUGUCACAUCAUCAGUCAGUGCCUCCUAUAGUUACAGCCUGAAGCCUGUCACAUCAUCAGUCAAUGCUACCAAUAGUUACAGCAUGAAGCCUGUCACAUCAUCAGUCAAUGCCACCAAUAGUUACAGCAUGAAGCCUGUCACAUCAUCAGUCAGUGCCUCCUAUAGUUACAGCAUGAAGCCUGUCACAUCAUCAGUCAGUGCCUCCUAUAGUUACAGCAUGAAGCCUGUCACAACAUCAGUCAAUGCCACCAAUAGUUACAGCAUGAAGCCUGUCACAACAUCAUUCACUGCCUCCUAUUGUUACAGCCUGAAGCCUGUCACAUCAUCAGUCAGUGCCUCCUAUAGUUACAGCCUGAAGCCUGUCACAUCAUCAGUCAGUGCCACCUAUAGUUACAACAUGAAGCCUGUCACAUCAUCAGUCAAUGCCACCUAUAGUUACAACAUGAAGCCUGUCACAUCAUCAGUCAGUGCCACCUAUAGUUACAGCAUGAAGCCUGUCACAUCAUCAGUCAGUGCCUCCUAUAGUUACAGCAUGAAGCCUGUCACAACAUCAGUCAAUGCCACCAACAGUUACAGCAUGAAGCCUGUCACAACAUCAGUCAAUGCCAUCAAUAGUUACAGCAUGAAGCAUGUCACAACAUCAUUCACUGCCUCCUAUUGUUACAGCAUGAAGCCUGUCACAACAUCAUUCACUGCCUCCUAUUGUUACAGCAUGAAGCCUGUCACAUCAUCAGUCAGUGCCUCCUAUAGUUACAGCAUGAAGCCUGUCAAAUCAUCAGUCAGUGCCAUCAAUAGUUACAGCAUGAAGCCUGUCACAUCAUCAGUCAGUGCCUCCUAUAGUUACAGCAUGAAGCCUGUCAAAUCAUCAGUCAGUGCCAUCAAUAGUUACAGCAUGAAGCCUGUCACAUCAUCAAUCAGUGCCUCCUAUAGUUACAGCAUGAAGCCUGUCACAUCAUCAGUCAAUGCCUCCUGUAGUGACAGCAUGAAGCCUGUCACAUCAUCAGUCAGUGACUCCUAUUGUUACAGCAUGAAGUCUGUCACAUCAUCAGUAAGUGCCAUCAAUAGUUACAGCAUGAAGCCUGUCACAUCAUCAGUCAAUGCCACCAAUAGUUACAGCAUGAAGCCUGUCACAUCAUCAGUCAGUGACUCCUAUUGUUACAGCAUGAAGUCUGUCACAUCAUCAGUCAAUGCCUCCUAUAGUUACAGCAUGAAGCCUGUCACAUCAUCAGUCAGUGACUCCUAUUGUUACAGCAUGAAGUCUGUCACAUCAUCAGUCAAUGCCAUCAAUAGUUACAGCAUGAAGCCUGUCACAUCAUCAUUCACUGCCUCCUAUUGUUACAGCCUGAAGCCUGUCACAUCAUCAGUCAGUGCCUCCUAUAGUUACAGCAUGAAGCCUGUCACAUCAUCAAUCAGUGCCACCUACAGUUACAGCAUGAAGCCUGUCACAUCAUCAGUCAGUGCCACCUAUAGUUACAACAUGAAGCAUGCAGCACGAAGCCUGUUACAUUCACACAUAGUGCCCAAAGUUAUUAUUAAAUUAGCAGUAUGUAAUCUUGAUCGAAACGACUGA